AAUUGAUUGAUUCUAACCUACCAAAUCGUCAACAGGACUAGGAAAACCUCUUGACUGAAAAUGCUUUUGUCAAAAAUCAACUUGCCACUUUGACAAUUUCUGAAUAUGGGGCAAAAACUUCAUGAUGAUUUUCUCAAACUGUUCUCCGAAAAAAACUCAGAUGGGACUUUACAUUUGCGUCUCAAAGGAAGAGAACUCUUCCAGAGGAUUGGCACCCGUCUCAAAGCUGAAGACAUGCACAAGAUAGCUGCUUUUUUGAUUUCCAACCCUGAAAUAAUCAGUUUGGAUAUGUGCUAUAACAAUAUAGGAGACAAGGGUUUAAAAAUACUGUCCGAAAAUUUUUUCAACCAAGACAACAAACUGGCCCAUAUAAAUUUGAUGUGUUGCGACAUUCGAGCAGAAGGAAUGAAGAGUUUUUCGUCCUCUGCAUUCUUGAAGUUGAAAUCAUGUAGGAUCAAUGGAAACAACAUAGGUGCAGAGGGAGCUCGUUACAUCGCUAAACUCAUCCAGAAUUGUCCCACGUUGGAAAAUAUAGACAUUGCUGAAACGGAACAAACUUUGGAAAGUAUCGAAUCUAUUCUGAUUGUGAUAGAAGAUAGUACCCUAAAAGCUGUAGACAUUUCCAGAAUCAUACCUGCAAGUUACUACACUAAGUUCAAUACGGCUACACUAGCCGACGAUAUUGGAGUGGUGCUUAAACUUAACUCAACUUUGGUUGAGAUACACAUCCAAAAAUGUCACAUCGACGGUCACGACAUAGAGUUAUUAUUGAGCGGAUUGGAAGCUAACAAAAUUUUGGAAAUGCUGGAUUUGGGAUGUAACCACAUAGGCGACUUAGGCGUCGAAUAUCUGGCACAAUGGCUUAAACGAAGACCAGCACUGCGCGCUCUGAAUUUAUCUUCGAACUCAAUAAAAAACUUUGGGGCAAGAGCCCUCAGUUUUGGUUUACCGUUUUCUAAAGUUCGAUUUCUGGAUAUAAGCAACAACAAUAUUGAAGAUUUGGGCCUGACAGACUUGUUGGACACAAUAAAGAAAUACUGUCGAAUGCGUAUUUUAUUCAUGUGGGGAAACAACUUUGGAGCAGUCGCUUGUAAAAGGCUGAGUCGGAUGCUCAAAUCUGAAAUAAUAGAGCAAGAGUACAUUGACGUGAGAAUAUACGAGGUUGAUGGAGAACUGCAUGCUGCCUAUUACCCCACCAAUCAUUACAAACACAAAUACUACGGCGUCAUGGAUUAUGGAUGCAGAGUUGAAUUGAAAAUCAAACGGAACGAAAUUCCUGAUCCACUGGCGCUUCCCAGAGAGUUGCUAAAUUUCAGGCACAUCGGAAGAUAUCCCCCCGUUGAUAAGAGAUUGGGGUUGUUGCAGAAGAAAGUGAAAGAAUGUCCUUCGUAAUACACGAUCAGAAAUAAUGAAA